AUGCAGUGUCAUCUGCCAAUGGCUAAGUUGGUUUCAGUCCCCAAAAUACGACGACGAAUUGCCCAGCCGACAAUGGCGCGCCCAGCUGUGACUUCGGUGUGGGUUUUGCUGUUAAUGGCAUUUCCUUCGUGGCAGGGAUAUUGCCUGGCUAACGAAACGCCAGUGAAACCCGAAUGCAAUGUAAGCAACGAGACCACAACUUGCGUCUGCAAGCAGGACCCACCAGGACCCGUGGCGGUGUCAGAAGAUCCGGUCCCUGUUGCCACCCUGUCAGAGUCGGUCAAUGUCAUCCGCGUGGAGUGCCAUAGUCCUCUUACCUUCGUGCCUUCCGAUCAAGCGAGCAUUUGCCUCGGGGAAGCGAGUCUCGACACUCUGAAGGUUUGCCAAAAGGAUAAUCCCAAAAAGGUAAUGUCACCGAUCAACGAACUGCUCACCCCCACUCCACCGGUUGACGAUGUAAAGUGGAUUUCCAGCGACAACCAUCAUUAUUCUCUAACCGUUCCACGUACGAAUUUCCCUUUCACUGAUAAGGCCUUUUUCGUGGGAUGCCAAAACAACAACCAGAAACACUGCGUGGUGCCUCUCAUGGUGAAGGCAAGAAAGUCUGUGCUCGAAGACAAGGUCCUCAAGUGCGCAUACGGCACAGACAGCAACACGCCUGUACCGGAACUGACUCUGGAUCCCACCAGCAACUCACUGACAGUCGACUGUGGCGAGGACGGAACAAUGCCCCUUACGGGAGAACUGCCAACUGUCUACUACUGCAAGGACUCCGCCACCGAUGCCUGCGAUCCUGUCAAGGACGUGACAGAAAUCCUGCCGGGCUUCGCCAAGGAGUGGUGGACACCAGUGAAUGGUCUCAAGACCGCAGCCAAACUGACAGUGCCGGAGGGCGGUUUUCCUGUUGAGCCGAAGACAGUUGUGCUGGGAUGCAAUCCCAAGAGAGCAAAAGCCAAGGUAGAUGCCGAGCCGGAGUCCCACGCUGAGGGUGGUCUCCCGACCUGUCGGGUGAAGGUGACUUUUGAUGCUCCUUCGAGCAGCUCAUCGGGGAUGCGGCUUUCUUUGAAUACGUUGGCCUUCUUGUCCGCGCUGUUUUCUCUUGCUUCGCUGGUUUAG